UAGAUUUUUCUUCCGGGUUCUUCCUGUGACAUCAUGAAGCAUGUUAGCUAACUUAGAAGCUAACAGACUGACAUGUUUAAAUGUGUUCAAGCGGAGUUUGUUUGAAACGAAGUCACCGUGUUGUCUGAAAUAUCUUGAAGAAGGUGUAGCUGUGUGCUAACACCUUGUUGCAACACAAAGAGAGUCAGCAGAAGAUGAUUGAACCAGAGCUAUUGACGGAGGUUCCCGCUGCACUCAAGCGGUUGGCUAAGCAGGUUGUGAGGGGUUUCUAUGAAGUGGAGCAUGCCUUGGCCCUGGAUGUUCUAAUCCGCAAUCCAUGCGUACGCGAGGAGGACAUGCUGGAGCUUCUCAAGUUUGACCGCAAACAGCUGCGCUCAGUACUCAACACCUUGAAGGCAGACAAGUUUGUCAAGUGCCGCAUGCGAGUGGAGACAGCAUCUGAUGGCAAGACAACGCGGCACAACUACUACUUCAUCAACUACAGGGUACUGGUCAAUGUGGUCAAAUAUAAACUGGAUCACAUGCGACGGCGCAUUGAGACAGAUGAGCGAGACUCCACCAACAGGGCUUCCUUUAGGUGCCCUUGCUGUUUCUCCACCUUCACUGACCUAGAAGCCAACCAACUGUUUGACCCUAUGACAGGUACAUUUCGCUGCACUUUCUGCCAGACAGAAGUAGAAGAGGACGAGUCUGUCUGUCCUGAUGCCAGGACACUGGUGGCACGCUUCAAUGAGCAGAUUGAACCCAUCUAUGCGCUGCUACGUGAGACUGAAGAUGUCAACUUGUCCCAUGAUCUGUUGGAACCUGAGCCUGCAGAGAUCCCUGCACUCAAACAGAGCCGUGAACGUGCUGCAGCAGCUGCAGGAAACUCUGCGAGCGGCCCACACCGUGAAGCCUGGUCUACCAAAGGCUCAUCCUACGGAGACAUGUACACUCAGAACGUUGUUAUCAGCAUGGAGGAGCAAGGAGAUCAACAGAAACAGGCCAAUGAAGGCAAGGCACCCAAGGAAAGGCCUGUCUGGUUGACCCAGAGCACCGUGCAGGGAGCUUACAGUGAGCCUGACGUAAUCAAUAACCGUGGAGACAUUGCACCGGAAGCCCCUGAUGGAGCAGCUGCUCAUGGAAUCGGUCAGGCGGAUGAAAAUGAGGAGGUGAUGCGUGCUUUACUAAUCCACGAGAAGAGGGGCGUGGCAGGACCAGGCGGGGGCGGAGCGAGCUCUGCUGCUAAGGGACUCACGUCCGCCACAGCGAAUAACAGCGACUCCGAUAGCGACACCAGUGAAUCAGACGACGACCUCCCCGCAGGUCCUCCCCAUACAACAGCUGCUCAGCGCCGGGCCGUUGACGAGGAGGACGAUGAUGACGAUGAGUUUGAGGAGGUGGGGGAUGAGCCGGUGGUGAUGGUGGGAGGUCGGCAGUUCUCUUAUCAAGAGGUGAGCCAGAGGCCAGAGCUAGUGGAGCAGAUGUCUGCGCAGGAAAAAGAGGCCUACAUUGAAAUGGGACAAAACCUCUUCCAGGACAUGUACUUUUGAAUACACACACUUGACUAUAAUAUGCACACUGUCAGAGUUGUUAUCAGAGGAAAUGUUUGUGGACACCACUUAUCAAGAAUGCUGCUCAACCAGUAUUGACUGUCAAAAAGACAUGUUUUGACAGUGUUGCCUCACUUGUAGUAUCUUGUCUAAAGUAUUUUUUGAAAGUUCACCAAACCAAAAAAGAGCUGGCCAGCUGCUCUUUGUGCAUUUUUAUUGGUCGUUGUUUUUUUUGUUGUUUUUUUUCAUUUAAACUCUCAAGUUGAACAGAUUACCUACACUAACUAUGUUUCAGUUUAGUUUUUUUCAGUUUUCCUUCUCUCAUAAAGAAGGAUAAAAAGAUUUCACACUUUAAGUCAAUUUCUCACGUGUAUUGAGCUUUGAGAUUGGCUGAAAUAUGAGUGUGAAGCAGCAUGCUGCUUCCACUACACUGUCGGUGUUGAGGCUUUGGAUCAAUGUCGACAAAAAGGUAAAACUGUAUAUAAAUGACUGUCUCAGGCAUUGUUGAAUAUGAGAGCAAAUAAGAGAUAUGGGUAAGAUGUUGACCUUAUCGGUCAAACAGUUGUUAUUUCGAAACAACCUGUAGUUACACAAAAAUCACUGCAGUACAGACAUACACAUGUUAGUAUAAUAAAGGUGUUAACUAAAGGAGAAACUGAAGUCAGAUUAUAUUAAUGGGAAUUAUAAAAACUUUUUGUACAGAUAUUUCCAAGCAUAAGUUUGAAAGACAUUUUUCUUCUCAAACAGUAGAUGAGACUGACUCAUCCAUUAUGUUAGAAAUUAAUUCCAAAACUCGUAUUUCACACUGUGCUUAUGUGUCUGGAUAAGACUUCAUCCUCGACAUGAUGCCUAUUAGCAGCUGGUGAUGGCUGAAUGCAAAUGUGCUAAGAAGAAGAUAUGAGUUUUCAAUGACACAAGGUGUGUUAACAAUUAUGAAUCCAGUUUUUGCUUGUAUUCACUUUGUAAAAAAAUAAACCAUUUUCAUUUAGUUUUCUCUUAA